GCCGUACCUCCCGCAGCGCCUGCACCCGGGCUUUGCCGGCCAGCGGUGGCCGCACGGGGGACUGGCGGGGACGUGGGGCUGGUGGCCGCGGCCUCUGGUCUGGGAUGAGCCGCGCUCUCGGUGGAGGCAGGAGAGCUGAGCCGGAGCCAUGGCCAGUACCAUGGUAGCGGUUGGACUGACCAUUGCUGCUGCAGGAUUUGCAGGCCGCUAUGUUUUGCAAGCCAUGAAGCAUAUGGAGCCUCAAGUAAAACAAGUUUUUCAAAGCCUACCAAAAUCUGCUUUCAGUGGUGGCUAUUACAGAGGUGGAUUUGAACCAAAAAUGACAAAACGGGAAGCAGCAUUAAUAUUAGGUGUAAGCCCUACUGCCAAUAAAGGAAAAAUAAGAGAUGCUCAUCGACGAAUUAUGCUUUUAAAUCAUCCAGACAAGGGAGGAUCUCCUUAUAUAGCAGCCAAAAUCAAUGAAGCUAAAGAUUUACUAGAAGGUCAAGCCAAAAAAUGAAGUAAAUGUUACAAUGAAUUUUAAGUUCUUAGCUGUUUAUGUAUAAAUACCAACUUUUUAAUAAAAUGCUUCAAAGCUAUAA